AUGGCUUCAUUCGUUCGCGAAGUGGUUCUUGAGCAACUUUGUUGUGUUUUGCGAAUCACCCCCACGCAGAUUAACCAUCAUGGCAACUUCCCCAGUCACGGCGGAAACUCAAUCUCCGCUGUUGCACUGGCAAGCAGAUGCAAGAGAGAGGGCAUUGACCUCUCCGUUAUCAGCAUACUCCAGAGUCAAUCCAUACACGAGCUUGUUAGUUCAGGGACAGUCACCAAAGAUUCACGAAACUGUCUACAAGGUACACCAACAUCAGUUAGACUUCACUUCCAAGACUCCCAAGAUCGUCAUGUUCAGGCCCAGGAUUCCAGCUGCGGUACCCAAAUGUCUCAGUCAUCUAGUGAUCGUUUCCCGGGUCCAGCCGCGGAGAAUGGGGCAUCGAAUGGGGCAUUGGUCUUGUCUAGUGGGCGUCUCAGCUUCGCUGGAUCUCCUCCUAGCGAACUACAGCUAUCACUGCUACAUGGCACCAUCAAGAAACCAGGUGUUAAUGUCAUUCGACAUUCAGAAAUCUACCGUACAGAGCACAUCUCGGCCAUCAAAGCUGCAUGGCAAAAGCUUUUUGCUAUAGAAGCCAUCUUACGCACGAGCUUCUCGGCUGAUCUCCAGAUUCAAAGCAAAUCAUACAUGGACUGGACAGAGACAGCCACAGAGAACGAGACAGAUUUCAACGGCUGGGUGAAUACUCCGGUAAACACUCUUGUGUUGGGGUCUAAGUGGGAGGUCGUCCAUUUGACUUCUAAAGACAAGAUGAAACAUCCUCCCAGGAGCGCUGUGAUAUGGACGAUCCACCACGCGCUCAUCGACGGGUACUCGGCCCAGCUUCUUCUGCAGAAAUUACGAGAGACAGCGGCAGGGAAGGCGCCAUCAAAUGGAACGGAAUAUAUCAGCAUUCUCAAAGACUUGGAUAUGUUGCGGAAUACGAAGAAGAAUGCUGGAGAUGCCUUCUGGACAGCGGUUGGCAGCCUGUACGGGAGAUGCGCUCUGGUUUUGCAACUACCGCAGCCUCGGGGACAUUGUAACGAGGCCGGAGUCGAAGAGCAUCAUAUACGCACUACUCUCAGUCGACACGCUUUGGAGGCAAUUUCGAAGCAUUGCGGCGUCACAUCGGCUACGAUAUAUUAUGCCGCCUGGACGCUGGUCAUGACUGUCGUCACUGAUUGCGAUGACAUUGCUUUUGGAACAGCACUACUAGGCCGCAACCUCCCCCUACCUGGAAUCGAGGAUGCCAUCGGACCUUUCUUCAAUACGUUACCCUUUGCCAUCUCAGCGAGGGGUGAUAUGACUUUGCGAACACUACUUACGGAGACCUUCCAUCGAGUCACUGAUAUCGAAGAGUAUCAGUGGUUCAUACCGAACAACGAGCAUUUGCGCAACUUCCGAUGUGCUCUUAUGAUGCAGUUUGACCUUUCGAUGGCCACACGCAAGGAGGCUAUCCAUCCAAUAGAGCCACCGGUCACGAAGCAGACUAGCGACAUCCCGCUUGCCGUCCUCGUAGGACCAGAAACAAUCUGCUUCCAGUACAACAAGGCCGAGUUCAAUACCACUGAUAUCGAAGGUCUCGGAGUCAUGUUCGACCGAGCAUUGCAAUCGUUUCUGCGCUUGGAAAUGACCGUAACAGCUUGGCAGACGAGUCUCAUUACGGCUGAGACACACGAAGUCCUUCGACGUUAUGGAAAUUGUACUUCCAGCUCGACAUCCCCUCUUUCCAUUACGGCCGACCUCAUCACCCUUUUCGAGAAGGCUGUAGUCGAGAGCCCCGAUGGUAUCGCACUUGAAGCUGGCGGUACACAGUUGACCUAUUCGAUGUUGGAUGAGCAAGUUGACAACGUCGCCCAAACUCUGCGCACAACCGUCAAGCACCAAGAGAUCGUUUGUGUAGAUGCAGAUCGAACCGUCAACUGGAUCAUAGCUAUACUCGCAGUGCUGAAGGUGGGCGCAAUAUACUGUCCUCUGGAUUCCGAGCUCCCGAAUGCUGCGCGCGUAGCAAUCUUCAAUAAGACGUCUUCGAGGGCAUUCCUGUGCAGCAGUCGAACUACACAAUUACAGGCUCCGCCUGGCUGUGAACAUUCCCUAGUCAUUGAGGAAUUGCUCGAUGGCAAUUUAGGUCGGAAGCCAGCCGUGCAGCAAUCGGUAUUCCGAGACCGCCCAGACCCCUCGGCUACAGCAUAUUUAUGCUUCACGUCCGGAUCUAGUGGAACUCCCAAAGGGGUGAUAUGCUCGCACGAGGGUUUGGUAGCGUUCCAAAGAGACUUGGAGGUCAGGCUCUUCGCGUUGCCAGGCAUCAGAAUCUCGCAGAUAAUGUCACCAGCUUUUGACGGGUCGAUACACGAGAUAUUCUCUGCCCUCUGCUAUGGAGCAACCUUAGUGUUGCCGUCCGGAGACAACGUGCUUGGUCCUCUGAGCCGGGCGCACUCGGCCAUUUUGACACCCUCAAUUGCACAGGUCCUGCAGCCUGAAGAUUACCCGGAUCUCAGACAUGUCUACCUAGUCGGAGAGCCCGUAAAACAGUCUGUGAACGAUCGAUGGGCAUCAGCGAAGCUACUGUACAACAUGUACGGGCCAACGGAGGGAACAUGUGGAGCCACCAUCAAGCGUCUCUUGCCAACCAAGCCAGUCACUAUUGGGCGCCCCAACCCAUCAACUCGAGUCUACAUUCUCAAUUCCAGAGGUGGGCACAUGCCGCCUGGUGCAAUCGGAGAUAUCCACGUUGCAGGUGUGCAGGUUGCAAGAGGAUAUCUAGACUUGCCCGUGAUCACAACACAAUGCUUUCUGCCGGACCCGUUCUGCUCUUUGGGGAAUCAGCAUAUGUACAAGACAGGAGAUCGCGGGUAUUGGACGCCCAAUGGGGAGAUUGUAUGCCUAGGGAGGGUCGACAGGCAAAUCAAACUUCGCGGAUUUCGGCUCGAUCUGGAUGACCUCGAGAUACGCCUCGGCAAUGCUAUACCCGGUUUGAGGUCAGUCGUCGUUGUUAGACGCCAGGACAUCCUUCUGGCGUUUAUCCAACCCAGUACGUUGGACCCCGGUGAAGUGCGUGUCAUCAUAGCAAAGACACUUCCAAGCUACGCUCAACCAAGACAUAUAUUCAUGGUUGACCACUUCCCCACGACAAGUGCGGGAAAGUUGGAUUACAAGAAGAUGGCAUCUGACAAUUUCAGUGCCCCCCCUGGUUCUAGUCAGUUGCGAACACCCUUGGAGGUCCGAAUUGCCGAGCUUUGGCGCCAGGUGCUUCGACUAAACCGGUCCGACCAAAUCGGCUCGAAAUCCAAUUUUUUUGAACUUGGAGGAAACUCGGUCCUACAAAUGACACUGUUGGCGCGGCUCUCUUCGAUCCAACAAGCGAGGAUUCCACUCAAAAUCAUUAUUGAAAGUCAGACCCUUGGGGAUCUAGCCGGAAGAGUCGAAGAUCUCGUGUCCGAGAUGGAAUUGCCGAGACCUGCAACGAAUGUGACCUUGAACGGAAGAACGACCUCAUUCCUCGAACAAGAUUGGUGGAUGAGAUACCAAUUCGGCCACCCCAAUCACUCUCAUCUGACGAUCAGUGCCUUCAACGUCAGUUUCGUGACUGCUUUGUCACCAGGCAUGGUCGACACAUCAGCCAUGGGGCAGGCAUGGGAUAUGGCAAUGUCACGCUACCCCCUGUUCCGGAGUCGAUAUGUAAGAGGAGCAAGCUUAAGUGAUAUGGUCCAGCGGCACUAUGCCGAGGGUCAUCCGCGCGCCCAGCACGUUCAAGAAAUUGACGUGAGGGCAGAGGUGAACAGGCCAUUUGACCUGGCCUGCGAGCCACCGGUUCGCAUUCUGCUUUCUGCUAGCGCCUUGGUGGUCGUCAUGAGUCAUAUUGUUGGAGAUUUGACUACUUUCAAAAUUCUUCUGCAAGAUGUCAAGAGCUCGUACAAGGGUGACACCAUGGCGCCAGUAAAGCGUCUCUACGAAGACAGCUUCGCAUGGGAAGAGGACGCUCCACCGGCACAUCUAGACUUCUGGUCAGUCUACCUCGAUAAAGCCGAGUUCCAAAGACAGUCAGAACCCAUGGCAAAGGAACGCAAGGGAUUUGGUGGCACGUCGAAGGUUUACCAGCUCUACAACAGGUUAACUGCCCGGAUGUUGCGGUUCUCCGCGAAGCAGGAGAACCUGUCCCUUCAGCAGCUCGCCAAUGCUGCUGUUGGACUCGUGUUGGAGGCGGACCAAGAUGAAACAGACAUUGUCAUCGGCAACCCUUUCAUGAACCGUUCCAAUGACCUCGAGAUGGAAACCGUGGGUCUGUUCCUGCAACCCUUCCCUGUACGCGUGCGUUAUGUCCCACCUAUGGACGACAACGAUGCCAAGCCAUACUUGGAUGCCGUUCAACAGAGCGUAAAGGCAGCCCUCAUCCACGUGGUCCCCUGGCACAGCCUGCUGGAACAUCUCGAAAUUACGCCUCGCUACCCCAAGCACCCGUUGUUCGACGUCAUGGUCACAUUUCACCACUCCGAAACCAUGCCUACCCUGGAUGUGCCAGGUACCACUCCUUGUUAUACCUGGUCUGAGGGAUCGAAGUUCUCCCUGAUGGCCGAGUUUACGACACUAGAAAGGGGCGUUAUCAUCCUGAGAGUAGAGUACGAUAACCAGCAGUACACGGGUGAAGAAAUCGACCAUUUCGUGACUGGCGUCAGCAAUACCCUGUGGAAACUGCUGUCCAACAUAUCAAGCACCACGAUAAAGGACUCGCUAAGAUCUGGUGCGUUAGAUCAUACGCUGGCUACAGCCAAGGCGGAUGUGUUUGGUAAACCAGUCAAGGAGAUAUCUAAAAGCUGUGCAUAG